UGUCAUACAUACACACACAAACAUUCAGAGACACUUUCAUUACAUUUCAUAUCCUUUCAUCAUUCAUAAUCAUACAGCUGUUUAUAAAGAUCUUCACCGGAAAAUAUGAUCUUCGCCGGAAAGAUAGAUAAAUUAUAAACAUAUGAAAGAUAGUGGUCAAAACCCUAAUGUCGAUACUAUAAAUAUCAAUUAGGCGAUCACUGGCAACUGCAAAAUACAUCUCACACAAAGUCCAGGAAAGAAGAAAGUGAAGUGACAUGGAACCUGAAGUUAUCGAGAUUUCUGCUGAUCAGAUGCCGAAACCAAAGGCAAAGGGUAAACCACAUAACAAGGUUGCCUUUCAUGAAAUAAUUGAUGUUGAUAUGGAUGAAGAUGACCGCAAUGAUGCAGGUUUUACGGAACCCUCAUUGGAACUCUUAUUGGGUCCUGGUAAUUCAUCACAUGGCCGUACGGAACUCUCAUUGGGUUCCGGUAGUUCAUCACAAUCUGAUUCAAAAGAAACAAACUCUACGGAUAUGGUCAAGUCAAAUAACAAGGGGAAGGAGGUUAGAGUGGAUGCUGGUUAUAGUUUUAAAACGUUUGAUACUGUAGUGGACUAUUCGGAUCAUCAUUAUGCAAAACAGAAAUCAGCAAUGAAUCAGCCACCAAAAAAUUGGGCUAAAAGGAUUCAGGAAGAGUGGAGGAUUCUUGAGAAAGACUUGCCUGACACAAUCUUUGUAAGGGUUUAUGAAUCAAGAAUGGAUAUUUUAAGAGCUGCAAUUAUCGGAGCAGAGGGGACUCCAUAUCAUGAUGGUCUCUUCUUUUUUGAUGUGUGUUUUCCGAGCACCUACCCAGAUGACCCACCCCUUGUGAACUAUCACUCGGGUGGUCUUUCCAUAAAUCCAAAUCUGUACGAUAAUGGUUAUGUUUGCUUGAGUCUUUUGAACACAUGGGAUGGCGACAAGAAUGAGAUGUGGCUCCCUGGCACUUCGACUAUGCUCCAAGUUCUGGUUUCCAUACAGGGUCUGAUUUUGAACGCAAAGCCGUACUUCAAUGAACCAGGAACUGAGGAAGACUAUGAAGAUGAGUGUGAAGCUGAAUAUGGAGAUGAGAAUGGAGGAUACUAUAAUGAAUCCUUGUCAUACAACGAGGAUACCCUUAUUUUAUCACUCAAAACAAUGGUGUAUACCAUGAAUAAACCACCCGUGAACUUUGAGGAUUUGGUGUUUGAACAUUUCCGCUUUCGUGUCCAUGAUAUUUUAACGGCUUGUAAAGCUUAUACAGAAGGGGUGCAAGUCGGGUGUCUUGUGAGAGGAGGAGCUCAGGAUGUUGAUGAGAGUCACAAAGGGUGUUCAACCAAGUUCAAGAAUGAUGUUGCUUCGUACAUAAACACCCUUAUAACUGCAUUCAAAAAGAUUGGAGCUCCGGAAGCUGAUAAAUUCAUGCAUUUAAGUGAAAAGAUAAGCUCUUAACCUGAAUCCACACCUAGGUGCUGCUGAUUUUCAUGUUUAAUUUCUGUUUCAUUUCACUCCUAUAACUACUUACAAUCAUCACUUGUGAGAAGAUGCUGAUGAUUUUGAUCGGCUGCAAUACUUUUAGUAUGAAGGGACAGUUAACAGUAUGUCUGCUAUAUGUAUAUAGGGCUUUUCAUCCCUAGUGGGGCAGGGAAAAUCUUGGAAUCUCAAAGUAGUCCCAACUCUCAUUUAACCCAGAUUCAAA